UGAAUCAUUCGAAGAACUCAGGCCGGAAUCCUCUUGUAACAGCUUCUGACGGACAUUUUCAGAGGUAAGCUUCAUACCUGAGUGUUCUAAUGCCAUCCGCAAUGGUCUAUACUCAUCAGGUAGACCUCUCAAUAGUACUACGGCUAUCAAAUCGUCAUCAAAGCUCUGAUUAAUCUCUUUCUGCUUUUUGAGCUCAUCACGGAUGCAACGUAUUCAUGCAUAGACUUGUGAUUUUCUAGCUUUGCAUCCAAGAGAUUAUUAAUUAAAGAUAUCCGCCGGUUAAUACCUUUAUCUUCGAAUAUAGCUGCCAACGCGUCCCACACCUCCUUAGCGUAAGAUAGAUUCUGCACAUACGGGUACAGAUGCGGCUCCAGAUGUAGACAUAUUAACGUGAAAGCCUCCUGAUCCUUCUCUAUUUCUGCAGAAUCUUCUUUAUUCGGUAGUGUUGACGUGUACUUGAAACAUUUUUCGCGAACGAGUAACAUUUUAAUUGCGAACUUCCAUGACGUAUAAUCUUCUAAUCGGCACAAGGCAGUUGAGACAGAUUGUACAGAUCCGGGACUAGGCAGUAGACGGGUACAAAAAUUGAAGACCCUCUGGCAAUUGACAGGACUGGUACGGAUCAGGCACUAGGCGUCCCAAGGGUUAAACAACCAAUUUUUCUAAGUAUUUUUUUACGAUUAAGUAGGAGAGCGGACCCUGGCGCUAGACCGGGGAAACGCUAGGUUGAAGAAGAGGAGGAUUUUUUUACAGUAAACAUAAUAAAAUAAGCAUGGCAAAGUGGAAACUAUGUCGUCAUAAGUUUGGCACAGAGGAGUUUACUUUGGAGGAAGACACAAAAAUAUCCAUUGGCAGAGGAUACGACAAUAAAAUAACGUUGUCGAGCAUAGUGAUAUCGAGAAAUCAUUGUGUUAUAGAAGCACAAAAAGACCGCAUUUUAAUUACAGACUUAAAAAGCUCUAAUGGCACCUACAUUGGGAGUAAAAAAAUACUCGUUGGAGCUACAUUAUCUGCCAAGCAUAAUGAUAUAAUAGGUUUUGGAUGGACCACCGUGGUCAGCUCACUUCCAUCCAUCACAGACAAUGAUAAACAUGUUUAUAAAUUAGUUAACGAAAACUACAAUGAAACUGCAUUCAACAGAGAAUCUACAUCUAACAGAAUACAAUAUCUUAGUGACAGUGAUGAUAACCUGGAAUCGAAAAUUUCUUCCAUGGAUGCAGAGGAGGUGGUUGCAAAUGAACUUUUAUCUAAUAAAGUUAAAUCAGGGUCUAAGUCCUUGAAAAGAAAAUCACUUGAUCAUAUUGAUGCUGGUAGUGUAAAAAUUAAAAAAGAUGAUAAUGUAACUGAUUCUAGAUCAAACAAUCAAAUAAUAAAAAAAGAAGAGGACCUUCUAAAACAAAGCACUAAUUUUAUCAACCUUUUAUCAGAUAGUGAUAGUGAAGUAACAACCAAAGAUUCUAAGAAGAGUUUACAUGACACUAAGAAAGUUAAAAUGGAUCCUAUCUUAGAGGAACAACCAAAACAUGAAAAUGAGAAUAUUAAAAACAAUCCAAUUUUGGAGGAGCAACCAAAAUGUGACAAUAAGAAAAUUAAAAUUGAUCCAAUUAUAGAGGAACAACCGAAAUUAACAUUCAAAGAAGAAGUAAUGAAUACUGAAAAUGAAAUAUCAGAUUAUGAAGCGUUUGAUGUAAAGCAAGAAUAUUUAGGAUUUGAUGAUAAUGAACUCAUUCAAAUAGAGGAUAGUGAUACUGAUAGUGAAUCAGAACAAUGGCUAAUGAGACUUUCCCAAAGCUCGCCUGGCAAACCAUUCAUAAAACGCAGCAGUGAAAUAGUUCCUCAGCCAGAAAACACCUCAUACAGUCAGAUAGAUCCUAUUAUUGACUUAGACAAUGAUGAAGAAUUCUAUGAUGAUAUAAUAAGUAUUCCGCCCCCUCCACAACCUAAAGAAUCUGAAAAUAUGGUAAGUCCUAAUAAAAAGAUAGAUGAAAUAUCUGCAAAAAAUAAGGAGUUUUUUGGGGAGAUAACUGAUGAAGAAGACUUUUUGAACGAUAUGAUAAGCCUUAGUACACCGAAAACCCCAAAUGCACAUGAGGAUUUGGAGAAAGGUCAAGACAAAGUUGAUGGGUUUUCUACAGUUCCACCCCAACCCGCCAUUGAUAAUCAAAAUGAGAUCGGAAAGAAAGCACAAAUGAUUGAGCCCCUUCUGCAGUUACCAAAGAGGAAAUCACACUAUGCCACUAGUCCUGAAGGUAAAUCAAAAGUUACUACAUCAUCAAGAAGUACUUCUGUAAAACCACCUUCAUCUUCUUCAAAGAGGAGUAAGUCAUCAAAACACUCCUCAUCUAAAAAUCAGAUUAGUGAUGCAGUAAAAGAAGAACGAAGAAAGAAAUUAAGGGAGAUUGCUACAAAAGAUAAACAAACAGACCUAAAUUCUAGUAAAACUGAUAUUUCGGACAAUCAAUCCAAUAAAGCAAAGGUUAAUGUUAAACAAACGUCUGCCAACCGAGGGGCGUUCUUGGCAGAUGAACGAGUAGCGCAAGCAGUUGUAAAACCUAUGGCAAGAAAAAGUAGUCCAGAAAAACCACAUAAAACGAAGAGCAAGAAAACAGAAACAUCUCGAAAAAGUUCACAUAGCCGGGAGGCGCGUUCCGAAGACAUUGAAAACUCGAAAAAACGAAAAGAAAAAGAUACUAAAGAGGCAGAAAAAGUUGAAACCAAAACAACUAAGAAACCAUCUGACCCACGGAUACCACUUAAGAGCCUUAAACCAUUGUCAGAAAGUGAAGAAACUACGAAACCAAUAUCAAAAGUAGAUCCCAUGCCCGCUAAAAAAGGAAAGAAAUCGGUCCGUUUUUCAGAUGCACCUCCUCAAAUUGUCGAAUUCGAAAUUGAACCAGGAAACAGGCUGAAUAAGACUAGCUCUAUAAAAACUACACUUGUAGACACUCCUCGACGUAUGCCGUCAUUCUCUUUAGAAAAAUUGACUUUAAUAAAAAUUCUGAGGUGGAAUCCACAUUGGCUAGAUGAGCAGAUUAACAAUAAUGAUCCGCCUCCAAUAUUAGGGCAUAAUAAUAUUCCCUUGAAUAUUUUCCAAGCAUUUGAUAAUCAUCAUCAAUAUGUUGGGCAAGUUGGUGACCUACUUUUGAUGGAGAUCUGGGAAUGUGUAACGCAAGGCUACAUGAGGGUACGGGAUCAGAAUACCGGUAUCCCCAUGAAAAUUACUUCACUGCCUCCACCACCACCUCAGGAACGCGUAUAUGACUUAUUCAAUAUUACUGUAGAAAUUGCUGUUCCAAGGUCCGAAACUAGAAAUGUACCAAGAAUGGGAGAAAUAAUGAUUGUCUAUUUCGGGCCAGAAAAUGCAAAGAAUUCAAGAUUUCUCUAUGUGACCAAUGUCCAACAACCAAAUAACAGACGACCUUGUUUCAUCGUAAAUUUGCACGCAAUUUUCACUGACAAGAUGAGAUCAAUGCACCCUGGAGAAGUAAUGAUCGGGAAGAGCCUAGCGUAUAUCCAGAAAGAACUGACUCUGUUUGAAGCGAUGGAGUAUCUGGCGGGAUCGCCCCUUAGCGAGGCCAUUUUAAGGCCGGAGCCACUACAUUUCCCGGAAGUACCACACCAUCCGGAGUGCAAUAUGAACUCAAGGUGGGUAAAGGGUCUAAACGACAGCCAAAAGGCGGCCAUAAGCGCGUCCGUGUCGGCGGCGCUCGGAGACCGGCCGCGCAUACAGAUGGUGCAGGGACCGCCUGGCACUGGCAAGUCGGCGGUGAUCACGGCGAUGGUAAUGGCGUACUUCUACGACCCGGCGGAGCGGCGGCUGCAGAACCGCGGCAAGAUCCUCAUCUGCGCCACCAGCAACGCCGCCGUCGACGAGCUCGUUUGCCGGCUGCUGAACAUCAGGCAGACGCUGCCUAAGAACGAGCGGUUCCGCAUGGUGCGCGUGGGGCGCGCCGAGGCGAUGCACCCGCGCGCGCGCGACGUCAGCUCGCAAGUGCUCGCGCAGCGCGACGCGCGCCCCCGCCCCGACCAACAGGCACCCGCUCUCAAGGAGGAGAUCUCGAGACUGACUGCCAAAAUCAACAUGUGGAAGAGCGCGAGCCGCGACGCCAAAGACCCGUCCCGAAUCGCCUACUGCGAGGAGCGUGUCAAGCAAUUCACUCUCAAGAGAGCACAGUUAGGAGGGGCGGGCGACGGCAGCGAGGAGCCGAGGCCCGAGGACGUGGCGCGCGCCGAGCGCCGCAUCAUCGAGUACGCCGACAUCGUGCUCACCACGCUCGCCUCCGCCAUCAACCAGAAGAUGCGCGGGCUAAAACGCCGCAUCGCGUUGUGCAUCGUGGACGAAGCGGGGCAGGCGAUCGAACCGGAGGCGCUGAUCCCGCUCACGCUCGACGUCACGCGGCUCACGCUCAUCGGCGACCCGCAGCAGCUGCCCGGCUACAUCUGCUCACAGCGCGCGAAACGUCACGGCCUAGGUGAGAGCUUAUUCUCGCGCCUAGCGGGCACCGCGGAAAUCUGGCCGCGGACACCAGUGGUGCUUCUCGACACGCAGUACCGCAUGCAGCGCGCCAUCGCCGAGUACCCGGUGCGCACGUUCUACGCGGGCCGCGUGCUGUGCGCGGCCGGCCUGCGCCCGCCGCUGCCCGUGCUGCCCUACUCCAUCCUCGCCGUGGCCAGCGGGGACAAGGGGCAGGGUGCAUCGGGCAGCAACGACAUGGAGGCGUGGGGCGUGACCCGCCUGGCCGUGGCGCUGCGCGAGGUGGCGCGGCGGCUGGGCCUCAACAUGGCCGUCAUCACCCCCUACAACGCGCACAAGGAGCUCAUCAAGAGGAAUCUCAAAGCACUGCAGCAAGAUCAAUCGGAACCAAUAGAGGUUAACACGGUGGACAGCUUUCAAGGGCAAGAGAGAGACAUCAUAAUCGUGUCGCUAGCUCGCUCGCACGGCGUGGGCUUCCUGACGGACGCGGGCCGCCUCAACGUCAUGCUGACGCGCGCCAGGCACGCGCUCGUCAUCGCGCUCAACCCGCAUGCUUUCAUGAGGAACGAUCAGUGGCGUACUUUGGUCGAAGACGCGCAAAGGAGACGACUUCUACGGCAGCUGCCAAACAAAAUGUGCCAACCGCUCGCCCCGGGACAACCUGUCGAGGAAAUCCUGCAGUACAUAAACUAAGAGCCAUUUUAUUUUAUGUCCACAUUUUCGUAAUAGAUGAUUCAGCCUUGUUGAUUUUAACUAAAACCGCCUUUUAUAUCUGAAACGCGCGCAUCAAUACCGAAAUGUUUCAGUGCUAUUUUCACUAGCUACUUUGACAGAUACAGGAUGCUUUAUCAAUUGAACUUUAGUAUAGGCACAUUAUUUCUUGUCUUUUUUUUUUUCAACGGGAAGAAAACGUUGUUAGGUUAAAUAAGUUUUUUCUCUAAACACUUUUCGUGUUCGAAACAAUCUUAAGUUAUUUUUUUUUGCGUCAUUUUAACGAUUCAAACUUUAAUUUCAAUCUGUUUUUUGUUUCUAUUGUUUAGUCGUUAAAAUAUGGAAGUCGAAUACCACAAUUAAUACUUAUUUCAAAACAAAUUUGACCAAAAAUUGAAACCCAGAAUCCCCAUUUAUUAGAUCGAUCUUGUAUGAAUCGGAUGUAAUAAAAUGUGUUAAUCUAGGUUUCACUCUUUGUUAAACUGACUGUUAAUAUUUCGUCUUGUAAUCAACGCAUUAAUAUAGCAAAUUGUUUCAUUACGUUGAUUAUGUCAAUAGGUCGUUUUGCGACAUGCAGCAAUGUAAGAUUUUGUAUUUAUUUUGUGUGAAAUUAAUGAAAAAAUCUUCAUAUAUUUUGUUAAACGAACCACAUAGCUUAAUGCAAUAAACUAAGGUUACUAAUGUUCAGUUGAAUAUGUUGCUGUUAGAAUUAUGCCAUUUGAAUUUUGUUCCUGUGUAUAGCUCAAGUUUACGAAAUAGUAUAAAAAUCCUGCAUACAUACUAUUUCAAAGAAGUACCUAAAUUAAAGAUAAAGUUAUUUUUAUGAAUGUAUGAUAAUAAAUUUAUACUCUUCCUAAUUGAUUAGGCUCAUACAAUGUAUCUUAUUCUAGAGCAAUAAUCGAUUUAUUGUUCCUGAUUAUAAUUACGUCAGAAAUAGUAAAUAAACUGCAAACGGAGUUUUCAAUUUCUCUUUGUCUUGUACUAAUACAAAAAUAGCAAAAUACCGUUUUGAAAUAUCUACAAAACAUUUUUAUUUAGAAUUUUAUGCUUAAUUAGUGUUUCUUUACUAGUUUUCUAUGCCCGUAAAACUACAUGAUUUAUAUGAUCAUUUGAUCACCUAGCUAGAAUAUAAGGAUAACGGAAUACCGAAGAUUGCCCAGUGAAGAGGAAGAUUUACCUAAAGUUUGGGCGCUAUCAUUACUAGUCAAUUAACGGAAAGCGACGACAAACUAUAGCUCAUUAUAAUGUGCCAUUCUAUAGGUAUGUUGCCACGUCCACGUAAUGACAAGUUUGAGGAGCCGCAUAACGUAGAGCAAGGCUGUGUAGAUAGGAGGAAGAAUAAAGCUAUAAAUUAUACAUUUAUAUGGUGCCAAUUUCUACGUAUAAAAGUACCUAUAACUUGUAGCUUUAUAGUGGACCAAGUGAUAUUGUUGUUGGUGUAAUUGUUAUAAUUUUUACAAAUGAGUUAUUGAAUACCCGAGUGAUUUGAACUAACGAGUGCAACUUUAUCUACUGGUUUUUUUGUGAUUAGUGAUAGUUGUGUAGCAGACAUUUAUUUUUUUGUUACAACACUACACUUUUUUUGGAUUCAUGCCUUACAGCCGUUACAGCUGAAAAUAGAAUAUGACGUUAAACUCACCAUUCGAAUAUUGUUGUUAUAUUUUGAAUUACCUUGUACAUCUAAAAUUCAUUUAUCAAGUUAAAAUGGUUUUAAAAAUAUAAGUAUAAUCGAAUGCAGUUCGAAUAAUAUAUAGUAAUUUAAUAAUAUAUCAAUGUCAUAAUUUGCACAAUAAGCCGUAACUGCCUCAGGGUUGAUACAAGCUGGCUGUAUUCCAGCUACACUCGUAUGCAGAGCUAAACGCCUGUGCAACAGAAUGCAAUCCGUUUGCCUCAACACUAAGAUCGUUCGCCCGGCGGGCUACCACGAUAUCCAAAUUAGAAGUGUCUAUUUGCCACCGUCACUCGAACAUUUUAAGAACGAUAGAGACCGGGACACUUUCUUCGAGUCUCGCGGCAACCAACCUGAUUUUGCCACGUGCACGAUUUUGUAUUCAGCUAUUUCUUUAGAUACUUAUAUCGUUACGAGUAUUAUGCUGUUAUCGAUUAUUCGCAUUUAGGGACCGUUGUAAAUACAUACGUAUUAUCCUUUGUAUCCAAUAAAACUAUGUUAUUUUUGUAUUAAUAA